CGCGGUGGCCGUGCCGCGCCGCUGUUGAACGGAGCCGUCAGUGUCUUCUUGAACGUGAAACGCGAUCGACGAACUAUCGCGUUGCCCCAGUUCAAUCCCAAAAUUAAUUCCCCCUCCGUUUUCCGUUUUGCAUCAGUUGGCGGGGAUUCGCCAUUCUAAUGAAGAUGAUUUUCACGUGUGGGACAUUGCGAGCCUCAAUUACAUGAUACCGAAUGACUUAAUCAUUUGUGAAAAUAAUUGAAGAUUUCUAGGCAAUGUUCUUCCGUUUUCACCUGUUUUACGGACUAUCAAAAUUUCAUAAGAAAAAAGGACUGUUCAUGAGAUUGUGAUUGCGAGUGGAAGAGGAAAAGAUACAAAAGUUCAAACAAAUGCAAUUAAUCAUGAACAGUUUGAGAUGAUUUAAUGCAGUGAGAAUUGUCGCUUAACGUCGUCAAUAGCCUGUGGUGUAAUACCGAACACAUCUUAACAAUAAAGAAUUCUAUAAAUAUAUUAGUGUUCAGUAUAAAUAACUUGUGAUUGAUAGUAUUCGCUGAUAAAUCAAACGAUCGGUUACGAAUGAGCUGUGCAAUGGAGUAUCAACAGUUGGUGCCACCACCGGUACCGGUGUCGCAUCAAUCUCACCAUUCUCAACAGCAACAUCCGAAUCAACAGUCCCAUCAUCAGCAGGCGGUAGUUGCAACAGUACCACCCCCACAUCCUCACAUUGUACUUGCGCCUGCGCAUCAAACCCAACAACCGCCCCCAAAUUUGCCACCACCUACUACACACGCGCAUCAAGUACAUCCACCCCUACCCUCUAUUCACGAUGACAGUACGAGCUCUAGGUGGACACAGUAUCAGCAUAUAUGGCGACAGCAUCAUGUUUAUAUGAAUGGGAAACAAACAAAGGAUGGACCGGAGGAGAAGAAGGACGCUGAUGGUGAGCUAUGGGGCAAUGUGGAAGCACAGGCCGCCUUUUUGGGGCCAAAUAUAUGGGACAAAACACUGCCCUAUGAUGCCGACCUGAAGGUAUUGAAUCAUUACGUCGAUUUGGAUGAAUUUCUCUCGGAGAAUGGCAUCCCCGUGGAUGGGGUUGGCGGUGGUGGUCAGGGCACGAUGCAGGGAAGUCAACUACACAAAAUGAGUAACAGCAGUAAUGAGGCAACAAGUCAUCAAGGACCAGCUGGACUCCAUCUAGAGCCUGUAACAAAGCGCGAGAGAUCGGCAUCCCCCAGUGAUUGCUGCUCACCAGAUACUCUCAAUCCACCAUCGCCCGCCGACUCAAAUUCCGGGGACUCGUCACGUAUACAAUAUGGCUUGUCUCUUGUAGCGCUCUCGAUGGCGUCAUCGGGGCGAGACUUCGAUCCAAGAACUCGAGCAUUCUCCGAUGAGGAGCUGAAGCCCCAGCCGAUGAUUAAAAAAUCACGGAAACAGUUUGUACCCGAUGACUUAAAGGAUGACAAAUACUGGGCACGCCGAAGGAAGAACAACAUGGCCGCCAAGAGAUCACGAGACGCGCGUCGCAUGAAGGAGAAUCAAAUUGCACUGAGAGCGGGUUUCCUUGAGAAAGAGAAUAUGGGUCUUCGACAGGAGCUCGAUCGAUUAAAAAACGAGAAUAUGUUACUACGCGACAAGUUGAGCAAAUACACGGAUGGUUAACCAACGGCUGAUUACUGAGGUUUACCCCAACGACAGCAGGGCUCUAUUUUUUAAUGAAAAUUAAUAAACAAAAAUCCAACCGUACUGUCUUCGGGUGAAUCCAGAAUUCACUCGUCCAAUGGAGAACCUGUAAAUUAUUCUCCCUUCCUCGCGGCAAGUUCUUUCCUAUGGAAAAAACAGGAAUAAAAUCACAGAAAUUUCUUUUUUCUUUUGAAAAAAAAUUCUCAUUCUACGAUUUGAUAACACAAAAGCAUGAAAAAAAUUAUAACUGAACAAGUCAUUUCCUUCCUUAUCUCCACCGUCGCAGCCUCAUUUGUACAUAGUUUAUUGUAUGUAUAGUUAGAUUAUUUGUCAAUAUUGACGUCAUAUGUUGUAGUGUAAAAAUCAUUUCACGGAGACAAAAGCUGAAAAUACAGAUGGAAAGAAACCAUUGAAAUAACGAAGGGAUUUUCGAUAAAUAAGAGGAAGGGAGGACCUGGUAGAAUGAAUGUGAUAAUUGUGAGUGAAUUGAUCGAGUGAUUGAGUGCGUGUGAUUAUUCAUUAUGACCUUUUGUCCAUCGAGCGAUUGUCCGUAACAAAUGGGAGACAAAAAUUAACUGGAGAAACAAACUAAAGAAUUUAAAAAUUCAAAACUUAAAUUUACAAUUCGAAUAAGAUCCAUCGAUUAAUGUGCGCAAGAAUGACAGUAGAAUGUUUCAAGGAAAAAAAAAAUUAAAAUUGCACGGAUUCUGACGAAGUUGUAGAAAACAUUUUUUCGAUUUACCUAAAUGUAGCAAUUUUAGACGAUAAAACAGCAACAAUUUGUGCCCAUUUUUUUUGGCAGUCCCUGUGUUCUCUUUCUUGGGCUAGGAAAAGAAGAACGAGAAAAAAAAUGAAAAGAUUAGACAAUUACUAAACUAGCCUUUUUCUCUUCUUUUUAAGUUUUUAGAUGUUUAUUUUGUUUAUAUGUAAUACGUAAUACGUAAGAUUUAUAUUGUAUAGAGGAAUUGGUACUGGAUUGUACAUAUUGGCUUGAUUAACAAAUUGCCAACUCCUGCAAAAUCAACAUCUGUGAAAAAUUAAUGCUAUGAAAGAGCAAAUAGUGAUUACCAGUUUCUUUAUACAUGUUUCUAAAAUCAUCAGAGUCAAAAGUAAAUGAGAGUUUAAUGAAAAUAUAACAUUAGAUGCUGUGCAGUUGUUCACGCAAAUUGGAUGAGAAUUUAUCAAUUAGGAAAUUUUUAAGAAAGUUUUUGCUGAAAAACAAACAUGAGUGAUUGACGAUACUAUUUUGAUUUUUGUAUUCAUUAUUUUUUUUUGUUGUUUUUCUUCAUUAUUUUCUGUUAUCUUAGAGAGCCACUUACGCGCACUGUCGAACAAAUUUAUAAAAAUUGGCCUAACAUUCUAUUUUUUUUUAAUUAUUGUUUAUCCGAAAGUCGUUUGAGCUGUGUAUGCUUUGAUCAGUUCCAUUUUUAUGUUGCGGAAUCAUGCGUAGAAACUAUUGUAAAUUGUUUUUUCCUUGGAUAUAGAAAAUAAACUGAUUUGCUAUUACAAAAAAACUUAUGGAUUACAUGAAUUAACUAAUACUUAUGGAAUAAUCAAAGUCUAGAAGAACAACACGAAGAGAAAAAAACAAAUACACAUAACGAAUAGGUAACACACGUAUCCGAUCCGCAAGCAAAUCAGAUGUAACAGAGGGAUAAUAAGUGCGCUGAAGGGAAAAAUUCAAAGAGAGAAAGAACAUAAUGUUUAUCGACGCAAGAAAAAACUUUAUUGUAUCACCUUCCUAAAAGAAUAUAUGUAUUUGUUAUUGUUUUA